UUGUAGGAACCAAAAUGGGGACUCCCUCUCUUGUGUGCACUAAUUCUUUUUAUACCACCCAACUUUUUUCUCAUAAGAGAAAGAAAGAAAGAAAGAAACUAGAAACCAAUGAAAGGGUCUUUUUCAUGGUGGCGUAUGAGGGUCCCAUUGGACACGGUUCCAUAAACCUUUUGCCCUCCUACAAAUACUCACAUUCCCUUACUCCUUCUAUUCCCAUGAGCCAGAGGCACACCCUUCAAUAACAUACAUACACAGACAUCUUCCUCUUCCUUUUCUUCUUCAAAUAUCUCAUCAAGCACCAUCUUUCUCUUAAUUUGGUUCUGAUCUCUCCACCUGCAACUCGCUUCCAGUAGUGGUCUCUUAGUAGACCUCUGUUGGUUGCUGUGUUGCUUUCAUUUGGGUUUUUGCUUUGUCAGAUAAAGUAGACUUCAACCAUUAGACAUCUAGGGAUGUCAUCAGCAAUGAGCAAGAACUUUCGCCUGUCAUCUCCUCUCAAAGAAGAGGUUUUAGUGACCAAGAAACAGGGCAUAGUGUCCAUUCUUGGCUCUGAUUAUGAAAGGACCAAAUCUGCACCUUCUCUAAGGAGAACUCUGUCAGCAGAUAUGUCUUCCAAGAAAUGGCAAUCUCAACAUGGCUUCUCUCCACUCAAGAAAAUCGCAUCAUCUGGAGAAUUCCCUAUCUCCAUCACUGACUCAUCAUCAUCAUCACCAUCAUCAUUAGAAGGUGAAUAUGAGCGUGAAUCUCGAGGACGAUUCGAGAUUUGGAGCUCAAUUCAAGAAGAAAAGGAGAAGAAAGACCAAGAAAACCCAGGACAAUUUGAUAUAUGGAGCUCAAUCUUAACACAAAAAGCACAAGAGGAUACCAAAACACUUCCACCUCCUUAUGUCCACCCACUUGUUAAAAGAUCAGCAAGUUCUUUGAGCGAGAAGAGUCUUGAGAUUUGUACGGAGAGUCUCGGAUCCGAGAAUGGCUCUGAUGGGUUCUCUUCUUAUCCACCAUCGGAGACUGGUGAAGCAGAGGAGGACAAAGAAGAAGAACAAGAACAAGAAGAGCAAGAGCAAGAAGAGAGAGCCACUCCAAAGUAUGAUAUGGAGGAUUUGCAUGUAGCCAAAUACAACUUCGCAGCAUCAGCUACCAAGAAAUCAUCACCAAAAUCAUUCCCUCCACCCCUUCCUUCAUUAUCUAGUCGUGAUGGAGCUUCCCUCCGCAUGAAGCCUCGCCGAGAUAAUGGCAGGUUGGUUCUUGAAGCUGUCUCUGUUCCUUCACAGAACAACUUCCAAGCUCAACGCCAAGACGGUCGCCUUGUCCUUACUUUUGCCGAUAGUCUUAACAAAGAAGGACAAAAAGGAGCAGAAAUGUUUGAAAUAGAAAUUGAGAAUUCUGAAGAUGAGUCAGAAACAGAAACAGAGGAAGAGGAGGUGGAGAUGGAGAUGGAGGAGGCUGCAAAUGAGAGAGGAAGAGGAGCAGGAGGAAGUGGAGAUGUGAGGUUUGUGAUGGAGCAAGCACCAAAAUUGUCUGGUGGGGUUAUAAAUGUUCAUAGGUUAGCACUAAUGAUGAAUAAGCCCAUGUUGAUAUCUAAUAGGAACCCAACAUGGCCUAACAAGUUCAAUGAAGUCCAAUUUGAAGAGGGUGUAGAGGAGGUAGUGAAACCAAUUACUCCACUGACACAGUCACUUCCACCACGGCCGCCAGUUGCUCGGAUGAUUCCCAUGCCAUCCACAGCAGUUGCGGCUGCAGGCACAGUCAAGGCAGCAGCAGCAGCAGCAGCUGCUGCUUCAUCCUUUAAUGCUUACGAGUACUAUUGGAAGCCCAAGCCUAUGGGUACAGCAGGAGCAACAACAGCAGCAGUAUCUCUUAGUCCAAUUACCCAGAAAUCAUCAUUAUCAUCAUCAUCAUUAAGUAAAAAAGACAGCAAUAACAGGUCCAUCCUCUCUAAAAAUUUAAUGGUAAAUGAGAAGCAAGAAUUGCUUGUUUUGAGAGGGAACAAAGGAGAUUACUUAGUCCCAUUGUCAAAAGGCUGCAAGGAGCCAAGGAGGUCUCUUUUGUUUUGGGAGCCUUAUUGCAUUGCCACCUCCUAAUACAUCCACACAAAUCAUUUCCAAUUCCAAUUGAAAAAAGAAAGAAGAAAAACAAAAGAAAAGAAACCCAUUAUUGUUACUUGCUACAUACUAUUGCAUGUCCUUUUGUCUCCCUAUUUUCCACUUCCACUCCUGGACGGCGGGUUUGUGUAGUCAAAUAAAAAGAAAAGGGAGAAAGAAUAUAUACUUUGAUUUAGAAGAUCAAAGGGAAAAGGAGAUGACCUAACAGUGUUCUAUAUAUAUAUUAUAUAUUUAUAUAUAACCCUUUCUUUUUUAGCCGAUGCUGGUGUUAGUAGCUAAACAAAGUCCUGGCAUCAUCUUUGACCUUUUGGUGAACUGUCAUGUCUGUCCCUGCAUUAUGAAUUAUGAUGGACUUCACUUUUUCACUUUCUUUGCUUUUGCAAUUCAUUAGCCAAUGGGAUUUAAGUAUGGUUCAUGUCUGGUCCUAUUGAUCUAAUUCUUGAAAACAUUGUGAUCUGCCCCUUUAUAUGCCCUGUCCUUCGUUUGGGUUAAGGUUAGUCAGGGUGUCUGGAUAUUUCUCAAUUAAUAACAUUAUGUUCAAUGUUACUUUUUGUAA